AUGUGCUUGAAGGAAAAAAUUGUUGUAAUUACACAUUAUGCGGGACAGUCUGAUCUUUUGCAUAAACAUGUGUUUGUUUUCUCUGUUAUAGAUCUUGAAUGGAAGAUUAUUUACGUGGGCUCAGCAGAAAGUGAAGAGCAUGAUCAGACUCUUGACUCCGUCCUGGUUGGUCCAGUUCCUGCAGGCCGACAUAUGUUUGUGUUUCAGGCAGAUGCUCCAAACACCGCCCUAAUACCUGAGAGUGAUGCUGUGGGUGUCACUGUUGUUCUGAUCACAUGCACAUACAGAGGACAGGAGUUCAUACGCAUUGGCUACUAUGUUAACAAUGAGUACACAGACACUGAGCUUCGUGAGAAUCCGCCCCUCAAACCUGACUAUGGACAGCUCCAGAGGAACAUUCUGGCUUCCAACCCACGUGUAACCAGAUUUCACAUCAACUGGGAGGGAUGUGCUGAGAAAAUGGAGGAUUCAGAGAACGUGGACCCUGCACCCAACAGCAUGCUGCCCCCAUCCUGCACUCCGGGAAAAGCCCCUCCACUCGGCCUGCUGCCAGACAACUCCAUGGACUGUUUGUAGUGACGCAGGCUCCUGUGAAUAUUCCUCACAUCUCAAGGCUCAUCCGUGAGCUCAGGUCAAUCUGGACACUGUCGAGGAGAGACGGGAUUAUUCAAACACAUCAGAAAUAAAAAUGUAUCUAAUUAAUCAAAUUUCUUACAGUCGUCACCUAUUCGAAACAAAUCAGUGGUGUGCAGAAUAUGGCAAAUCCUCCGGUAUGCAAUAAACAUGUUUGCUUUUCAGUUCGAAACGUGAAUGGAGAGCUGGUGAGUCAUGAAUCUAAGACAUGAUUUAGGUAUUAGGAUGUGCUGCAUCUAAUGCCAUCAGCCUUUUGAUCCAAAACUGAUCCUUUCUCAAACCGAAAGGGGAUGGAAGAUCAGCUCAGCAGAUAAGAUGUCAAAUGCAUUAUUCAUUUAACAGACACCAUCAGAAAAAUUGUGUAAAAGGUUGCAGCAGACAAUAUUUUUGUAGGUGGGACUGUAUUAUAUUGUGUGUGUGUGUGUAUAUAUAUAUAUCUCUCUGUCUUUUUUGUAUGCCAGUUCUCAAUGAAAUAAAUGUUUUGUUACGUGAUAAUGGUCAUUGAAGUUGUUUUACUUUGAUUUGCGUUGUGCACAGAGUGGAUGCAGCUGUGCAGCCUUUUCAUUCAUAAAAAAAGCUGUUGUUGCAUU